GGAGUUGUAGCUAUUUUUUGUGUUUGUUUCUAGACCACAAUUGGAAAUUCAUCUAUGUGUUUGGCGAAUAUUAAUAGGAAUUCAAACAGAGGUAAUCAUAUACCAACAGUGAGGUGAGAAAUAGCUGGUAUGAGCUCAGAGGAGGAGUCAGCGGAUCAGACACCACCCACCUGCAGCCUGCUGGGCCUUCUGCUAAAGAACAGGCGUCCCACUGGAGCUGUCAACGAGGUCUGGCCCGACCUCUUCAUCGGGAAUGCGGCGACAGCUCGGGAUAAGACACUGCUACAGAAUCUGGGAAUAACACAUGUGGUGAAUGCUGCAGAUGGCCCUCAGCACAUUGAUACCGGUCCACAUUUCUACAGAGACGCCAACAUACAGUAUCAUGGAGUAGAAGCAGUAGACUGCAAAGGUUUUGACUUGAGCCCGUUCUUCUCAGAGACAGCUGAUUUCAUUUACGCAGCUCUGAGUCAGAAAGGUAAGGUGCUCGUCCACUGUGCAAGGGGAAUCAGCCGCUCAGCAGCCCUUGUUUUGGCUUUCCUCAUGAUCAAAGCGGGUCUUACCCUGGUGGAAGCUGUGAAAGUUGUCUCCAGGAGCAGAAACAUCCUCCCAAAUAUCGGAUUUCUGAACCAGCUCCGUCAGCUGGACUCAAUUUUAGCUUUGGAAAGAAAAAAAGACCUAACAAAUGCAGAUGGAGAAAGGUGUGGAUGAAGGAUAAUCCCUUUUUUUCAUAAAUCCCCAGUAUUUAAGGUCAAAAUGGAAUAGUUUCAGUCUAGAUUUUCUGUCAACUUUUAAUGUAACACAGUGUUUUUCAUUACCUUUUUAAAAACCGUAAUUACAAAUGUGUCUAAUUCAUUAUCAGAACUCUUACAGCUUUA